UUGACAAGUGACAGAUAACCUGGUGACGCAGUUUUUACACAAUUUAUUAUUAAUAAUUAAAUAAUUAAAGUUUAUCUAUUUCCUUUACCAUGGAGUGGUUAUUCGGGCACAGGAUGACCCCUGACGAGAUGCUCAGGAAGAAUCAGCGUGCCCUAAACAAAGCGAUUCGUGAAUUAGACCGUGAAAGAAUGCGCAUGGAACAACAAGAAAAAAAAGUAAUAGCAGACAUCAAAAAAUUAGCCAAAGACGGCCAAAUGGACGCUGUAAAAAUCAUGGCAAAAGAUUUAAUACGUACAAGACGUUACAUUAAAAAAUUCAUGAUAAUGAAAGCAAAUAUUCAAGCGGUUUCCUUAAAAAUACAAACUUUAAAGUCCCAAAACACGAUGGCUCAAGCCAUGAAAGGCGUUACAAAAGCCAUGCAGAAUAUGAAUAAGCAACUAAAUAUGCCGCAGAUACAGAAAAUUCUGCAUGAGUUUGAGAAACAAUCAGAAAUUAUGGAUAUGAAAGAAGAGAUGAUUAAUGAUUCGAUUGAUGAUGCUAUGGAGGAGGACGAUGAUGAGGAGGAGUCUGAUGCUAUUGUUUCUCAAGUUUUGGAUGAAUUAGGUUUACAAUUGAAUGAUACUUUGUCAGGGCUGCCGCAGGCUUCUGGUUCUUUAGCUGCUUCAGGUAUGAAACAACCUGUAGCGACAGCCGUUGGUGGUGGUGGUGGCUCCGGACCUAAAUCAACAGGUAGUGGAGGAGGUGCCCCAGUUUCAGAUGCCGAUGCUGAUCUACAAGCUAGACUUGAUAAUCUGCGCCGUGAAUAAUGUUAAAUUAAGUUAGUUUUAUUGUUUAAAUCAGCGCACCACAGCACAAACUGCAGAAGAAAGAAUAUUAUUUUAUAUAAGCUUUAUUAAUUCAUUAGCUUUUAAAAGAAAAUUUGGUUGUUUAUUUAAUUUACCUGUACUGCAUUUUGUGCAACGCUUUUACAGCUAUUUAU